CGCCUCGGUCUUCUCCCGUCAGCCAGCAGCGCUACCAUGUACCCCGAUGUGGUGGAACACAUCUACCUCCUCGUCGCCGUCACCCUCAUCAGCGUCCUUCAGAAUGCAUUCUUUGCUCUAAAGAUAGGAAAGGCGCAAAAUUCCCAUGCGGCUGCCUUUGAAAAUCUGUUUUGUGCCAGUCGAAACUGCAUGGAUUCUUACCCCACCUUCCUGGCAGUGAUGUGGUGUGCUGGACUGUGUCUCAGGCAAGCUCCUGCUGCGUUUGCUGGGAUCAUCUAUCUUGUGGCCAGGCAGAAGUACUUCGUCGGCUACAUGGGACAGAGCAGUCAGAGGACUCCCGGCUACCUGUUUGGAAAGCGCACCCUCUUCUUCCUGGUCCUGAUGUGCACUGUGGGCAUCUUCAACUACCUGCUGGCACGCUACUUUGGCAGCGACUACAAGGAAUAUAUUGAAACCAUCACCAAUGCAGCGUCUGCUCUUCUCCUCAUCCCUUAAGUCUCCGGGUGUAUCGGUGUGAUAUCGUUUUCCACGUCCGUCCAUCCGUCAUAUCAACCGCUUAUCCCGCUCUCAGGGUCGCGGGGGAUGCUGGAGCCUCUCCCUGCAGUCAUUGCGCGGCAGGCGGGGAGACACCCUGGACAGGCCGCCCGUUUUCCACGUGUUGACGUUAAAGUUGACGUCAUUCAAAGUGUGUGCAGGGCAUCACCCAGAAACGGGGUUAACUUACUUACCGCUGUGCUGAAUCUUCUCACUGGGCCUCCUCCACACAGACUCGGGGGGGGGGGGUCGGCUGAGCCUUCAAAAGCUAUAAUAUAGUAUCUCCUUUCUUUAAACAAGACAGUCACAGUGCCAUCACACAUACCCUCAGGCGCGCGGGGAGACGUUCUAAAACCCACCCCACUUUGGUUAGCUCGAGCUUCCAGUCAAGUAGGGGGGGUUGACAUCUAAAACUACCGGAGGACUGAGUCGAGAGGCGGAGACCUCUUUUUAAUCGCAACUCCCGUGCCUCCAUACACCGCACGACCCCGAGAGUGCUCUUUUACCCACACCGACCAGAACGGAACGAGCCCCCCCAUGUCACAAGUGGCGACAUCAGUCCCAGUCACGGUCCUAGAGUCAGUCAGUCAGUCAGUCAGUCAGGAAACGGUCUCCUAGUCUGAGUCGAACCCCCAAAAACAACAGCACAAGAAUAACCACACCAUGAACACCACAUCGUUAAAACACAAUUUUAGGUCUAACAUUAACAGUCCCAUCAGCCAUUGCGCCCCCCCCCAGCGCAGAACCGCCGACAGUCAAAACGACCGCCUCCCCUGGCCGCUACAUUAUGACGUCAUUGUUUGUAAGGCGCGUGUGUCGCAGAUUUGGAACGGAGUGUUUACUCACUUUAUUAUCCAAAACGUACAUCCCACACAGCCCCGCCCACUGUUCACAAUAAAGGUGUGUUUUGUUUUGCGUUUGUACGUUAGGAAAAGUUAGGCAGGGUGGCGCAGUGGGUAGCGCGGUCGCCUCGCAGCAAGAAGGUCCUGGGUUCGAGCCCCGGGGUAGUCCAACCUUGGUGGGUCGUCCUCUGUGUGGAGUUUGCAUGUUCUCCCCCGUGUCUGCGUGGGUUUCCUCCGGCGGCUCCGGUUUCCUCCCACAGUCCAAAGACAUGUAGGUCAGUUGAAUCGGCCAUAGUGCGUGCGC